AUGGAGCUCGGCUGCCAAGUUUCCGAUCACUUUGAAAUUUUAAAGGUAGCUGAAAAACUAGGAAUUUUCGAACCCAGGACCCAGGACCCAGGACCCAGGACCCAGGACCCAGGACCCAGGACCCAGGACCCAGGACCCAGGACCCAGGACCCAGGACCCAGGACCCAGGACCCAGGACCCAGGACCCAGGACCCAGGAGCCCUGAAGCCCUGA